AUGGGUGCUGGGUCCAGGCCACCAAAGGAACUAAUCCGGGUUUUGCUGAACAACUCGGUCAUCAAACUGGACGACAUCUGCCGGGAGAUGCCACGCCUCAACUGGCUGGAUUUAGAAGGAAAUCUCAUCGAAACCAUCGAUAAUGCCUCGUUCCAGGCCUGCCACAUGCUGACAGUUCUGGUCCUUCAGAGGAACUGCAUCAGCCACAUCCACGACCAGGCCUUCUCUGUGAUGCAGAAACUUGGCGAGCUGGAUUUAUCCAACAACAAGCUGAUGUCCAUCCCUCCCAAUCUCUUUAUUCUACUGGGAGACCUGCUCCAACUAAACAUCUCAUACAAUCCGAUUCUAGAGCUGAAGGACGACCAUUUCGACAAACUGCACAGACUCAAGUCACUGAGCAUUGAAGGGAUUGAAAUCGACAACAUCCAGCAGCGGAUGUUCCAGCCCCUCAAGUACCUAACCCACAUAUACUUUAAGAAGUUCCAGUACUGCGGCUACGCUCCUCACGUCCGCAGCUGUAAGCCCAACACUGACGGCAUCUCUUCGUUUGAGGAUCUUCUCGCCAACAUCGUCCUGCGGGUCUUCGUCUGGGUAGUGUCUGCGACCACCUGCUUCGGGAACAUCUUUGUGAUCUGCAUGAGGUCCUACAUCCGCUCCGAGAACAAGCUCCAUGCAAUGUGCAUCAUCUCGCUCUGCUGUAAGUGGCCUCAGUACUGCCGUAAAUUGUCAGCUGUUUUACCGCUGAGGACGCAACAGCCAGGCCAACGCAUUGAGGCCUUCAACCAGAGAUAA